UUCUCCCGUGAGUCCCUGGGCGCAGAACUCGGCCUCCGCCGCUGGGGGCGGGGCGACGUCGGACUCCCGGGGCGCUUGCUUACGCACUUCCUCCCGGGGUCGGGGCCGAGUAGCGGUGUGGCGGGUUCGAGUCCCACCUCCCGACUCGCCUCAAGCCCCUGAGCCCGGGGCGGGGCUCAUUCGCCAGUUAACCUCUCCGCGGCGAGGGGCGGUGGCGCACCUUGGGCUUCACCAUGGAGGACUAUCUGCAGUGUUGUCGAGUUGCUCUGCAGUCCCGACCCAUACAUGUUGUGCUGGGAAAUGAAGCCUGUGACUUGGACUCCAUGGUGUCAGCUCUUGCCCUGGCUUUUUAUCUGGCAAAGACAACUGAGGCUGAAGAAGUCUUUGUGCCAGUUUUAAAUAUAAAACGUUCUGAGCUACCUCUACGAGGUGACAAUGUCUUCUUCCUUCAGAAGACUCACAUUCCAGAGUCCCUCUUGAUUUUCCGGGAUGAGAUUGACCUCCAUGCAUUGCAGCAGGCUGGCCAGCUCACCCUCAUCCUUGUUGACCAUCAUGUCUUACCCAAAAGUGACGCAGCCCUAGAGGAGGCAGUGGCAGAGGUGCUAGACCAUCGGCCCAUCGAUCAGAAACACUGCCCUCCCUGCCAUGUUUCAGUUGAGCUGGUGGGGUCCUGCGCUACCCUGGUGGCCGAGAGAAUCCUGCAGGGGGCACCAGAGAUCUUGGACAGGCAAACUGCAGCCCUUCUUCAUGGAGCAAUCAUCCUGGACUGUGUGAACAUGGACCUUAAAAUUGGAAAGGCAACCCUAAAGGACAACCAAUAUGUGGAGAAACUAGAGGCCCUCUUCCCAGAUCUGCCCAACAGAAAUGAUAUCUUUGAUUCUCUGCAAAAGGCAAAGUUUGAUAUAUCAGGACUGACCACAGAGCAGAUGCUGAGAAAGGACCAGAAGACCAUCUCCAGACAAGGCACCAAGGUGGCCAUUAGUGCAAUAUAUAUGGAUUUGGAGGCCUUUCUGCAGAGGUCUGGCCUCAUUGCAGAUCUCCAUGCCUUCUGCCAGGCUCACAGCUACGAUGCCCUUGUCGCCAUGACUAUCUUUUUCAACACUUACAAUGAGCCAGUGCGGCAGUUGGCAGUUUUCUGUCCCCACGCAGCACUCCGAGUGACGGUCUGUGGAGUCCUGGAACGCUCCCACUCUCCGUCCCUGAAGCUGACCCCUGCCCCAAGCAUCCACCCUAACCUCCAAGCCUAUCUUCAAGGCAACACCCAGGUCUCUCGAAAGAAACUUCUGCCUCUGCUCCAGGAAGCCCUGUCAGCAUAUUUUGACUCCACGAACAUCCCUUCAGGACAGCCUGAGACAGAGGGUGUGUCCAGGGAGCAGGUAGACAAGGAAUUGGACAGGGCAGGUAACUCCCUGAUUCCUGGACUGAGUCAAGAUGAGGAGGAGCCUGCACUGCCCCCCACACCCAUGAACAGCCUGGUGGAUGAGUGCCCUCUGGAUCAGGGGCUGCCGAAAUUCUCAGCCGAGGUCAUCUUUGAGAAAUGUAGUCAGAUCUCACUGUCAGAAUCUACCACUGCCUCCCGGUCCAAGAAAUGACUGUUGGGAGGGGAGGGGGAAGUGAGAGAGGUUGCUUGAACCACCCUGAAUGCAUGUUUUGAGAUGUUUCAGCAAUUUUGUCUUCAUUGUUCCAGGAUCUGGUAUACUGUUCUCAUAAACCUAGGAGGAGAAAGAAGUAAAAGAAAGCUGAGCUGGCUUUCUCCCUUUUCCCCCCAGUCUCUACCAAUCAAACAAAUUUUAUUAGUUAAUUUAACUCCUUAAAUCUGCACUGACUGUCCUCUAUUUCAUUUGCCAGGGUCAUGGUGUGAUAACAUACACAGUUCCAGCAGAGUGGCACAGAAAGAAUGUGCACCCCAAAAGUGCCCUAAGUCAGGCUUUUUAACAGAAACGGUAUUUCUUAUGGAACCAAACGUUCAUUGUCUCCAGUGUUCAUUUAUUCUCUUAUUAAUUCAAGUAUUUAUUGAACACAAUACCUACUAUUAGCUUCUUCCAGUUUUUAGCCUUUUGUUGAUUUUCACCUCCAUGACUCCUCUUUCUGCCCCCAAUUAGGUGAUGGUGUCUGAUUCCCAGUUUGCUAAAUUUCUAUUCUGAGCUUAUUGUGACUGUUUCGGGAUUGUUUGGGAGCAGAUUGGAGGCCAUUAUCUUCUGUCCUGAUCAGCUGGCCUGACUCUCAGUUUCUUUGGAUCCCUCUGACUCAGAGCCACAGGGACCCUGAAGAGACCCAGAAGACCCCUGGUUCUUGAGAGUUCAGGAGACACCUGGGAAAGCCUUAAGACCUCAUGGGCACUCUUCGCAAAAGACAGUAGAACUACAAUGAGACCCCUGGCUCUGUCGAUUUCUUAUCCAUCUCAUUUUCUCCUUGGGCCUAGUAGAAGGAAACAUGGAGUUCAUACCGAGUGCCAUCAACUGUAUGUCUUUUGUCCAGACACUCACUCCUCUAGAUAUCAUUUCCCUGUCUGCAAAACUGAUGUUCCCUGGUUUCUGUGAUCUGCCUGUUGCCACACCGUCCUUUCUUGCCUCUGCUUCUCUGGUUUUUUGUUUGUUUCUUUGUUUCUUUUUCCCUGGGAAUGCUCAGGGUCACUGAAUUGUCUGUUUAUUUGUGAUUGUACCAAGGUACUCAGCCUCAUGUAGCAUGUACAGGGGUAUGAUUCAUACCAUAGUGACCCAGCAAAGAGCUCCCUUCCACCGACUUGUUCUGCAUGUGUAGAGUCUCCCUCUUCUCUUCAGACCAACCUGUUCCCCCUUUUCCUACCCCACAGCUCUGCUCCCUGUAAGUUUUCAACAGUUUCACUGAACAGUGGAGUAUGUGAUGGUUUUGGCAUGAUGUCUUCAUAUGAGGGAAACUGACUUCACUUUGAGGGGGUGUUUGUAGCCAUUGGAAGGUAAAAUAGUGGCGUGAUUACUGAACCAAAGGAAUUUAUGUUUUGUAACUUGGGUACUUUUAUUUUGCAUUUUGUU